CUGACUGACUUCCAAGUUACACACCGCCCCCCUUUUGCACGCUCUGUCUUUCAUUUCUCAUCUUUGCUUUUUCCUCUUUCUGUCUUUUUUUGGGGCCGUUUUGGCCCAGAACCUGCGUUAAUUCAUGGUUAGUGCCCACUGCCAAUCACCAGCCAUCCCGUCUCCAGGGGCGCCACCGUCACUUCGCUUUCUUUUCUACCGCCCCCCAUCGCCCUUUCAUCUUUCUUACUUCUUCCCUCCUUCUCCUCCUCUUCUUCUUCUUUCUUUCUCCCUCCUACUUUCUCUCCUUCAUCCCCUCGGGCCUGUCUCGAUUUGUUUUUCUCCUUUCAAGGGUCGGACCUGACAAUAUACUAGAGGCCAUCGUGCUUCUCUCCC